CCAGGGUCCUGCCUCUUCAGCACGUUUAAACCCUACAGCCUCAGCAAAACUGACGCAGAUGAGCCAGCCCCGCUGGACACCGGGCUCAGGAUGGCACUAGCAGGAGCCCAAGAGGAGGAGCAGCCACCCUGUUCUCAGCAGGACCAGGGCACCUGCACCCGGGUCCCUUUCAGCACGUGGCCGCCGGCCAGCGCCAAGCUGAGCUGGUCUCUGCUCGGGGACCCUGCGCAGGGAGCGGAGACGUGGGCGAGGCUGGGCCCUCCCGCGGCCCCCUCCGCGCUGCAGGCGCAGACCCGGGCGUGGUUCGAGCGCACCCAGGUGAGCCGGAUCCGGCAGCAGGGGGAGCUGCCGCACUGGUUCCACGGCUUCAUCAGCAGGAGGGACACAGAGCAGCUGCUGCAGGAGAAGCCGCUGGGCACGUUCCUGAUUCGCUUCAGCGAAAGCACAGUCGGAUUCGUCUUGUCCUACAGGGGCCGAGAUCGCUGCCGGCACUUCAUCCUAGACCAGCUGGAAGACGAGCGCUACGUGAUCCUAGGAGAGGACAGCGCCCACCCCGAGCUCCAGGGCCUGCUUCAGCACUACACCACGGCUCCCGUCACCCCGUACUAUGAGUUCCUCACAGUGGCAUGCCCAAGGAACGACAAGAGCCUCACAAAUGGUGGGAUCCCGGCCGGAGCCGAAGCAGCAUCCGAUGCCCCACUUGAGCCAGCAAACGUCCCCCCAGCAGAAGGUGGCCAAGCGUACAGCUUUGUCCACAAACAAGGCCAGGCGUCCCACCAGCAGACCCACUCCUGCCUGCUGGCUGCGGAGCAAAGGCAGGAAGGAUGCCCUUCCAGGGAGGCUUCCUGCUCCGUUCCCCCGCUCCCCACCAAGGCUGACCCCACUCCAAGGCCAAGCAGCCCCAUGCAAGAGGCAGCGGCCUCAGCCGAUCCAUACGCCCACGUCAACAAAGCGCCCGUGCCCGCUGAGCAGCCCCCGCCGGCACAGCCCGUGGAGGCCAAGUACCAGCAGCUGAUGCGCUUCCACACCUACGCCGAGCCCUGCGAGGGCUUCUCGCCGCCCGAACGCCGCAUUUACUAUGAACCCGACGAGCCCAUCCCCUUCUACGCCAUGGGGCGCGGCUCGCUGCCCUGCCCUGACCCUGAGAACGUCUACGCGGAGGUAGAGCUGGCGGGCCAGGCCCUGUCUCACCGUGCACCUAGAGCCCUUCGAGACACGGCGUCCACCCUGCCCCGGGGCUUGUCCAGACCUCCCGCCAAGCCUUCACCGGGGCACCGCAGGCUCCUCCGGAGCAAGUCCGCUCAGGGGUCCAGUAGGAUCCGGCUGCCUGCAGCUUCCACUGUAGAAGAGAGUCUGGGGAAGCCGCCUGGCCCCUCCUCAGAGACCCCCCGGGAGUUUGAUGACCCGGUGUACGACAGGAAGACAGCGCCCCGGGCCGGGCCAGCCACCAGCCGGGGACAGGAAGAGCUAGAAAACAUUUACGAGCUGAUCCCCGGAGACCGUCGUAGCCUGCAUGCCUCGAGGAAGCAGUGACGCCGCGAGCCCUCCUGCAUUCAAGGCAAGCUGGCCGGACACCCAUUGUCCAGGGAUCCAGGAGUCGAGAGACGCAGGAGACGGCUUCUUCCCAGCCAGCUGGUCCCUAGCACACAGAAUUCCCGCAGACAUGCUGCUCGACCGCCUUGCUCCGUUUGCAUAGAGCAGCCUGCUCCAUGAAUUCAAGGAUCCCAAGCUCUGGCGCUCUCCCCUUCCUCCAAGCAAGGGGAGGAGAUUCCGGAGGAGCUUUCCAUCACCCGGCCAAUACAGACCAUCGCCAGUCAAAAACCAGCAAAGUCCUCAGCUCACAGUCUCUUCCCUCAGAACUCUCCGCUGCAUUUUCCCAUCCAUCCAGCUCUCCGUCAGAGGUGACUUGGUACCCAAGACAGGUCUUUCUUGCACCCACGAUCUCCCUUCAAUCGGGGAGAGGGCGGGGAGAGGAGGGAGUCCUUUGCUUCUUAGGCUAUGUCUACACUACAAAAAUAAAUUGGAAAAAGAAACUAUCUGCAGUAUGCAAAUAGCAUCUCUCUUCCUGAUUUACUUCUGAAAGAGGCUUUUGCAAAAUUUGGCCCAUCUAUACGGGGCCACGUUUCAGAAAAAACCCUUUUUCAGAACCUCCCUUCUUCCUUGUAAAACGAGGUUUACAGGGAAGCCGACAAAACGUGUCUGCUUUUCCAACAAUUUUUUCGGAAAAGCAGACAUGCUCCUUGGACGUGGCAGAGCGCUGCAGUCUAGACAUAGCCUUAGGGCAGUCGGAGAAGCUGCUUCAUGUGGUGGAACUACCCACUCCAGAGGAGGGGACGGACGCCCACUGAUUUGAAGGGACAGAGCGGUUUGGAUAAGAAUGAUUCUUAUUUUUAAAGAAAGGGAAUAAACAGAAACAAAGGGAGGAAAUCCAUUUGCCUGCCACUGGGUAGCAUUUCAGUCCCACUUAGAUGAGAUCCUAUGGGCCCUCUGCUGCUCCAUACGUAUCCGUGGACUCUAUUUCACUCCUGCUUCUCAGGGCAAGAAUUUAGCACCGGAGCGAUGGGCCUUCCCUGAGCUGGGACCCUCACUUAAGGCGUCUCAGCACCCUCAGAAGGAUGCUGCUCAGCCCAAACACGGCUGUAAUGGCGCCCCCCAUUACUCUCAGACGGGGCAGCAGGCAAGUUUGAAGGCAGUGUUUUCAGAGCAUGGUCUUUAAGUCCAGGCCCAGCAGCAGAGACAGGACCCCUUGGUGUCCGCGCAGCUGCCAGGGUCAGCUGCCAGUUAGGAGCAGCAUAGAGAGGGGCCCAAGGUGCGCAGGUCAAGGUAAUGGGAGAUGUGGGAACAGAGAGGCAGAGGUAUGGAAGGGAUGGCCUGGGAACCAUGGUAGGUGGAAAAUGCUGCAUGCUACAGCAAGUCUCUUCUCCUGGGGAAGAGCAGCGGAGGGGGCCAGUAGGUAACGUGCAGAGGGGGGGGCCUAAGAAAUGCUGCAGUUAAGAACAAGAGUACAUCUCUCAAAGUCAAGAAGCUCAACGCGAAGAUGAAACUUACACAAAAUCCUACACGUGAAAGGUUCCUAAGAGCAGCCCCCAUCCUGAGGGGCCUGACUCACAAGUGUGCACCUGACAACAGGGCUGCUAAGCAGCAGGAGGCCAGAGAGCUUCUGCUCAAUUUCCUGGUUUCUGCCUGAUUCUUCCCCAAGACCUACCACUUCUUUGUGGGGAGAGCAGCUGCAAACCCCACCACCACACAGACCAUCAGAAAAGCAACUGCUGGGCUCAAGGGCCACUAGGCUCCUCCAUGAUUCAGCUCCGCCGGGAGCAGCCGUUUGAACAUUCCAUGGCCCGAAGUCUCCAUUUCAGCAUCUCUUCUGGCAUCCCCUGCAGGAGACAAGCACAAGCCAGGCAGCCAUCUCCACCCACCCCUACUGACCUCUGAUUGCCUCAGCUCUUCAAUUCCAGGGCGGGAAUAGUUCUGGAUUCCAAUCUGAUAUUGCCAAGAUCCUGCUGUACGCAGCACCAUCUCGACCGGAGCACGUCUCCCAUCAACACAGCUACACCUCUCACUAAGACGUCCUAUAUCUGUGGGGACAAGCCACGGUUUUGGCAGAGGAAAGGGACUUUAAAGUGAUUAUAAGUCGCAGCUGAACCCCUUGUAAAGCUCCUCGAGGAUGCUGCUGGGUAUGAUGCAACAGGGCCUUCGUGUGCAGGAGUCAACUGUGGGGUGAGCGUGUUAACACUGGUAAGAACUAAUCACUCCUGUGCCAAUCCAGUUAUUGAAAGUGACAAGAGUGUGUGAACAAUCCCAACCCCUGGAGAUACAGCCAGAGGGGUGGUUUGGUUCGUUUAAAAGUUUUAUUCCUUUAUCAAAUCUUUUUUCAGAAGAUUUCACUGUACAGAUAUGAAUAAAUUACUCAAUAGUAACUUUAUUCUGGUCGUUGGAACACUCAAAACGGGCUUUGCAAAGUACUAAAACAUCCACGGAACUAGCCUAUGAAUCUGAUUUUAAAAUACCCAGUCAGACUUCAUUGCCAGGUACCUUUUUUGGGGGGUUGGACAAGUUGAUGGGAGCGAGUUGCCCUUUGGCAUAUUCCACAAUGGAACUGCUGCAAUUAACUGCUUCAGUUGCAGUUACAACAAAAUAAAACCUUUGAUGUCAGGAAUGUAGCUUAAAGAACUGGACCAACUCACUCCUGGCUUCAGCAUGACAAGAACUGGGCAGCAAACAAUCAGCUAGGAAGUGAGGCCAGAGAGAAUGGUGCACACACAUUUGGAGAGCUGGCCUGGGUAUUACUUGCAGGCAGGGCCCCAUCUGCGCCUUUAGGAAGCUCACCAGCUUACGUGAAAAGGAAAAAUUCAUUUUUCAAAUGUUCUGUGAAACCAAGUUUUUUAAGUCUAGAUAUUGCCUUCUAUUUCCAGCCAGGUGGGUGGAGUUAACAUUUAAACUAGAG